UCUGGCCAUGUCGGCGCUGCUGCAGGAGCAGCAGCCAGUUCCGGGCGCCGACCCGGCAGGCCUCCUCCUCCUCCUGCCGCGGCCGGCGCUGCUGCUGCUGGGUCCCGCUGGCUCGGGGCGCUCGGCGCUCUCGUUCCGCGCGGCGCUGCUGGGCGCUUCCUCUUAUUCGCGGGCUCGCGCGCUCUUCUUGGCGCCACGGCCUCUGGAGCGCCUACCGGCCGGGGGCGCACAUGCAGCCGGAGCCGGAGCCAUCCAGAGAAUCCACUUCCUGUACCCGCCAUCGUUCCGGGAGCUGCUUCAGCUGGUGGCCUCCCUACAUGAAACCUUUUCCUGCUCCCUCUCCCUAGUCGUUCUGGAUGGCUUGGAGGAAUACUUGGGCAGCUGCUCCAGCCCAGCGAUGGCAGCUCAGCUUGUGGCCUUACUGCUGGACACCGUGAACCAUUUCAGCCAGAAGCUCCCCGUGGAGUCUGCUGCAGGCUGCAAGCUCGUCGUUUCCAUGAGGAUUUCUGGAGAAGCUGGGGAACAAGCGGAGUAUUUCUGGGCAAUUGAGCGCUACUUCCCAGCCCAGUGCUGGCUGCAUCCGAGCACAGAGGAGAUCGCUGAUUCAGGUAGCCAGGGCAUCACCAAGCUGAUUAGAGCACGUCUCUCCCAGCCGGGCACGAAGGACCAAGAAUGGCUGGUGAGAUUUGAUCCACAAGGGGACAUGAGGAUUUCUCUGCAUCCAUGCGAAGGGGAAGUUGAUGGGUGCACAGCUUCAGGGACCAAUCGACCCCCUGAGGCUUAAGCCCAUUCAGGUGAUCAACUACCUCUGGCCCUAACGCAUACAUUCCCAUCCUAGAUGAUAAACAACAUCUUUAUUACUCUGGUUUGUUGUUUGUUUGUUUCCAACUUUAGGUGAGAUGUUGCUUUUUUUGACGAGCAGGAAGUUCUGAUUCUGUAGCAUAGAGUCAGUUCAGUUUUCCCAUCUGCACCUCCGAUCGCAAACGUGAAAUGCACCUUUCUCGCUUUUGCCAGUUGCAGAGAAAAGCCCUGGAAGGAAGCAGGGCUCUAAGACUCGGCAAACAGAACGCCAAGAGAAUAAAUCUCAC